UCAAACUAAAAACUUCCAGUAUAACAUAUGUUCUUUCCCCCAUCAAGAUCGCCACGAACAGCGCACUAGAGCUCAGAAACUUUUUGGCAGAGGACUUGUUACAAUUUCGAGCUGUCAUAAAAGCAGGCCUAAUCCAAUUCAUAAGCCAGAUAACAUUCCUCAAAAACAACUCUAAAUUCUCGUAUUCUGUCCAGAACUGUCACGAAAUUGUAGCGCCGACUUCCAGGGAAACAUGUCUGUUUCCACUUGUUGCAAGUGCAACGAGAAGAUAAGGCACCGUGCGAUCUGCAGCCUAGGCAAGGCCUACCAUCCGCUCCACUUCACCUGCCAGGACUGUGGGAGGCAGGUGGAGCCGUCGCAUUUCUACGCCGUAAAGGACGCGGUGGUCUGCAACGAAUGCUAUCUCAGCAAGCAUGCCGUCAAGUGCUCCACCUGCCGGGCCCCCAUCGUGGGACGUGCCGUGGUCAACAUGGGUCGGAAGUGGCACGAAAAGUGCUUCCGGUGCUUGAGCUGCAGCAAGCCGCUGCUUUCAUCGUCCUUCUACGAAGUGAACGGAUUCCUCUUCUGCAAGGAACACUUCCGGGAGCAGUUCUCGUCCCGCUGUGCCGGCUGUGGGGAGCCAAUUGGCAGACGAGCUGUGAUUGCCCUGAACACCAAGUGGCAUGCCGAGUGUUUCAAAUGCAAUGUCUGCUGCCGACAGCUCAGUGGCUCCGAGUUUAGUGUACAUGAUGGACAUCCCCUUUGUCCGCAGUGUCAGGAAUGGGCGCUCAAUCUAAGUCGCAAAAUUUUGCAGUGCCACCAAAACCGUUACUUAACAGAAGAUUUGUGUACCUGAGAG